ACAUACACACACACACACUUUAUACACACACACACACACACACACACUUUAUACACACACACACACACACACACUUUAUACCUGCUGGGUGGGUGGAGGUAUCCAGAGAGUUACAUGGACCCUGCUGGGUGGGUGGAGGUAUCCAGAGAGUUACAUGGACCCUGCUGGGUGGGUGGAGGUAUCCAGAGAGUUACAUGGACCCUGCUGGGUGGGUGGAGGUAUCCAGAGAGUUACAUGGACCCUGCUGGGUGGGUGGAGGUAUCCAGAGAGUUACAUGGACCCUGCUGGGUGGGUGGAGGUAUCCAGAGAGUUACAUGGACCCUGCUGGGUGGGUGGAGGUAUCCAGAGAGUUACAUGGACCCUGCUGGGUGGGUGGAGGUAUCCAGAGAGUUACAUGGACCCUGCUGGGUGGUUGGAGGUAUCCAGAGAGUUACAUGGACCCUGCUGGGUGGGUGGAGGUAUCCAGAGAGUUACAUGGACCCUGCUGGGUGGGUGGAGGUAUCCAGAGAGUUACAUGGACCCUGCUGGGUGGGUGGAGGUAUCCAGAGAGUUACAUGGACCCUGCUGGGUGGGUGGAGGUAUUCAGAGAGUUACAUGGACCCUGCUGGGUGGGUGGAGGUAUCCAGAGAGUUACAUGGACCCUGCUGGGUGGGUGGAGGUAUCCAGAGAGUUACAUGGACCCUGCUGGGUGGGUGGAGGUAUCCAGAGAGUUACAUGGACCCUGCUGGGUGGGUGGAGGUAUCCAGAGAGUUACAUGGACCCUGCUGGGUGGGUGGAGGUAUCCAGAGAGUUACAUGGACCCUGCUGGGUGGGUGGAGGUAUCCAGAGAGUUACAUGGACCCUGCUGGGUGGGUGGAGGUAUCCAGAGAGUUACAUGGACCCUCGUGGGUGGGUGGAGGUAUCCAGAGAGUUACAUGGACCCUGCUGGGUGGGUGGAGGUAUCCAGAGAGUUACAUGGACCCUGCUGGGUGGGUGGAGGUAUCCAGAGAGUUACAUGGACCCUGCUGGGUGGGUGGAGGUAUCCAGAGAGUUACAUGGACCCUGCUGGGUGGGUGGAGGUAUCCAGAGAGUUACAUGGACCCUCGUGGGUGGGUGGAGGUAUCCAGAGAGUUACAUGGACCCUGCUGGAUGUGUGACAGGAACAGGGUGUACUCAACAUCUGAUGAUGUCAUAAUUAUGUGUACUCAACAUCAGAUGAUGUCAUAAUUAUGU